AGCUUAUAAAACAACGAGGCGGAGAGAUCCCCACAGAGCAGUUCCUUGCAGCCCUGGUUCUCUGCAGAGCAUCACUCCACGUUGGCAGCCAAGGUCUGUUUCUCACCUGCAUUCUGACACAGCCAUGCUGGGCACAGCAGUGCAGGUCUCAGUCCUGCUUGGGCUCCUUGGCGUUGGGAAAGGACAGAUUUUUCACAUGGGACCAUGCCCAGAUCCAUCUGUUCAAGAAGACUUUGACAUCAACAAGUACUUGGGGAAAUGGUACGAGAUAGAGAAGCUGCCCUCAAGUUUUGAGAAAGGAAGCUGCGUCCAGGCAAAUUACUCGUUGAAGGAGAAUGGGAAGUUCAAGGUGAUCAACAAGGAGAUGCAUUCCAGCGGCAAAGUCAAUGAAGUUGAAGGAGAAAUCAUGCACAUGGAUGUCAAGCAGCCAGCCAAGCUGGGUGUUCGCUUUAACUGGUUCAUGCCUUCUGCCCCUUAUUGGGUCAUCUCUACUGACUAUGAAAACUACUCACUGGUCUACUCCUGCACAAACAUCCUCUGGCUCUUCCACAUGGAUUAUGCCUGGAUUCUAUCAAGAGCUCCUGAGAUGCACCCAGACACUGUGGAGCAACUGAAGGGCGUUCUCCAGUCCUACAAAAUUGACACUGAGAAAAUGAUGCCCACGGAUCAAGUUAACUGCCCUCCCGAGAUGUAACUCCCAGAAUGCAGCGACACAGCACAGGACCAGUGAUAGACUUUGUGGCUUUCUUUAUUAUCCAUUAGAAUUUCUCUGUGUAACAGAAACAUAUUAAUCCCUUUGCUAAUGGUAGUUUGCCAGCCCUGAGUUACUCCUUGCUGUUCCCUCUGUCACUUUCCCUGCUUCAUCUCACUCUGACUUUUGCAGAGCAAUUGACUAAUUUAAAGCGAAUGGGUGAAGAAAAGAAACCCUGAAGUGCAAAUGUGAAGCUCUGCUAUUGCUGUGAGUCCUCCAGUACCAGGAUGGGAAAAGGUUUGAGAUGUGGCAUUCAAGCAUUAGUCCUUCAGGGAAAUCUUCUGUCAUAUGCCCACAGAUUUGCUCCAUGUUUUUGCCUUGAUGCUUCUGGGCCUGCCAGAAGUCUGUGGUGUCUAAUCCCCCUUGUGGGCUGACACAGAGAUCAGUCCUUCAGCCUGGGAACUGAGGUUGGAGGUCUUUUAUGUUUUCAUGUGUAGGCCAAGUCAGCAGAGCCUCUCACUCGAAAUCAGAUCUGGCCCUUUGCAUUUAAAGUCUGAGAAAUCUAAAAAGUGUCCAGAAAUCCAGCGCUGCUCCAUCCACAGCGACCUGCCUCGAACAAAGCUGUCCUGCACUCCCAAGGGGUCAGCUCUGAGAGUACCCAUCAGCAAACAGAGAGAGAGAGAGAGCAGUUUGCUCCCUUAUCUUGUCCCAAGGCUUUUCCUCGGCAGGGAGUGACAAAAGGCUCCGCCUGACAUCCUGCUCGCUGCUUUUGUACAUGCCAAGUACCUGCUGGCGCUGCAUCUGCCCUGGCAGGUGCUCACCAGGCAUCACAACAGCUCUGCUUGAAUAGCAUUGAUGCAAUUCAUUAAAAAUGAAAUAAAAA